AUGAAUGAUACAACCGAAUUGAAUAUUUGUUCAAAUCAAUAUCACGAACGAAGCAAAGAUGUACUAACGACCAGAGAAAAACGUGCUAUGUAUAUGGUGCGAUUGCGAGGUGAAAGAGAUUCCGAAUAUCGUCGAAUUGAACGCGAAAAUAACGCUCGUGCUAUGCGAAGGAAACGUUUGGAAGAUCCACUUUAUCGGGAAAACGAACGACAACGAAAUCGUGCACAUAUGGCGAGAAUUCGUCGAGAAAAUUCACUCUAUCGUCAACAAGAACACUUGAAAAAUCGUGAUCGAAUGGCAUCAAAACGUCACUCGUUGUUGCCACAACCAGCUCAAACCAAUUCCAUCUAUAAAACAUUAGAAAACAAUUUACAAUCAUCGCAUAUCUCACUCAUUUCAUAUCAAACACAUUUCGAAAUCUCAACUGAUCCAAAGCAACGAACUGAAUACCAAUUUCUCCAGCAUAUUGAUGUAUUCUGUCGACAAAAUGGUAUCACUUCUCAUUCCGAUAAUGACACGCCAAGUUAA